GUGGAGGAGAGGGGGCUGGGCCCAGAAACGGAAAACCCACCGGAGGAGGGGCGGGCCCGCCACCAGGACUGCCAGAGUCCACCAGCGCCUCACUUGGCGCUCCUGGCUUUUCGGAGUGUACGCCGCAUGGUUCUCCGGGCUGGUUCCCUUCCUCUCCAGAACUGAGAGUCGGGAUUCUGUGCGCAGGCCCGUCAGGUCCAGCCCCCCGAUCCCGGCGGAAGGCAGAGGCCGGAGCAACCUCGGCCGAUCCCAGCCCUUCUGUUGUAAAACAAAGCUCUUCUGCACAGCCUGUUGGAACACUUAGCAUGAAGCAUUGCCUGAUUUAGGUUGGAAAAUAAAGCUGAUGGAGAUUUUUUAGAUGACAUGUUUUAAGAUUUUGUAUUUCUGAAAUCUAGCUGGUGAGCAAGAGCCAAAAAAGAAAACAAACAAAAAAAACUCUUCCAGGAAGAAAUAAGACUCUUUACGUGAUAGCCCCAAAGUCCAAGGCACAAUCAAAACAUGGCUAGACUUCCAAAGAAACAGGACAACCUCACCUACGUUGAAAGAAAACAGCUAAUAGAAACAGAUAAGGACAAAGACAUAUCAGCAGUUAUUAUGAAGAAGUAUAAGGUCUUGAUGGAAAUCCAGGAUCUGAUGUUUGAAGAGAUAAGAGAAAGUCUUAAAAAUGACCUAAAGCAAAAUUUAGCAGCAACAAGUAUAAUACCAGAAAUGAAAAAUUCAGACAACUCCAGAAGCAGGAAAGACUGGCAACAGGUCAAAGAGUUAGCCUCACAAACUACACAUUUAGUAGAAAAAAUGGAAGGGAAAAAGUCUAAAAUAGUAGAGGACAUUGUAAACUUAAUCCACAAAAGAGAAGAAAUGAAUGAGUUCAGUAGCAGGUUGGAUGAAUCAGAAGAGAACAGAAGUAAUAAAGGUCAGAAGUCAUCCCAAAAUCAGAAAGUGUCUGUAAGUGUGGAAGAAGCCUUGUACGAUAUUGAUGACAGAUACGGAAAGAGCACUAUGCAUAUAGAAGAUGAAGAGGAUGAGAGCACACAGAGUGAAGAAGUCAAGGAAAUGGGAGAGGAGAAAAACAUUCAGAGCUUCAGGAAUGAAAAGUGUCAAAAAGCCCCCAGAGAAUGGUUUGAUGAGGGGGCCAUACUUACACUGGCAGCAGACUUGUCGUCAGCAACGCUGGGUGUUAGUGGGCAGUGGGGUAAUAUCUUCAGAAUUCUAAAGGAAAAUGAUUUGGAACCUACAUUUUUGUGUGAUGUUAAAUUAGCAUUUAAAUGUGAUGGUGAAACAAAGACAUUUUCAAACCUCCAAAGCCUCAGGGAAUUUAUUAGUCAGAAACCUUUUAUGAAAGAAUUACUGCAAGAUAUAUUCCCACAAAAUGAAAAAGUACAUCGAGGAAGAAGAUACGGGAUUCAAGAAAAACUGGGUAAAACAUCAAUAGACUCAAAACCUAGAGCAGGAGAACCAUCCAGUGAUGGCUUGAGCUUUCUGUUUAUUAAAGAGGUAAAGAUUGCUAAGCCAGAGGUGAAGAGCAUAGAGUCUGAGGAAGAAGAGUCCUCGGAGUUGGAAGAAAAAGGAACUCCCAAGUUGGAGGAGCAAGAGGCCUCCUGGGUAGAGGAGGAGUGGGAAGAGACCUCGUGGCUGGAAGAGGAGGAGGAAGGGGAAGAAGCAUCAGGGAUGGAGGAGGAGGAGGGAGAGACCUCGGAGCUGGAAGAAGAGGGAGAAGACACCAUAGAGAAGAGUUAUAAUAAGUGUGAAGAGCCGUCCUGUAUCAACUUGAGUACUUCAUCAGGGAUCGCCACAGUUUUAAAGAAAACAGAGAAAGAGAAACACAAAACUCUAAAAUUAGAAGAGCUAACUGCCAAAGAGGCAGACUUACUACAGGAAACAGAAGAAAGCUUUCGAAAAAGCGUGGUUCAUCUCUUCAGAGAGAUUCAAGAGGAGAUUGAAAACAUAAAACAUUUCCAUCCAGAAGUCGUGGAAAUUAAAGAUUCAGUAAAUGACCUGAGUAACAGAAUGGACAUACUUGAAGAAAGAGUGGAUAGUCUGGAUGAUCAAGUAGAAGAAUUCUCUAAGGAUGCAAUGCAAAUGGCCAAACAGAUAAUCAAUAAAGAAAGGUUAAGAGAUAUAGAGGAUAGAUCCAGAAGUGCCAAUAUCCGUUUGAUAGGUAUUCCAGAAAAAGAGAAUAAAGAGAACAGUGCAGAGGACAUAAUAAGAGAAAUAGUUGAAGAAAACUUUCCAGAGCUGAAGAAAGAUUCAAGUCUUGAGAUUGUCAGUGCACACCGAAUACCCAGUAAGAUUGAUGAAAACAGAUUCACUCCUAGACACAUCUUGGUGAAAUUUUGCAAUUCCAGUGAUAAAGAGAAAAUCAUAAAGGUUUCCAGAGAAAGGAAAGAAAUAACCUACAGAGGAACUAGAAUCAGGUUGACUGCAGACUUAUCAUUGGGCACCCUGGAUGCUAGGAGUAAGUGGGCCAAUAUCAUCAAAGUUCUGCAGGAAAAAGGUUUUAAGCCGAGAAUCUUGUAUCCAGCCAAAUUAGCAUUUGAUUUUGAGGGUAAAACAAAGGUAUUUUUCGAUAUUGAGGAAUUCAGGACAUUUGUUUCUUGUGUAUCCCCUUUGAAAGAAUUGCUGGAGAAUGUGCUUAGUCAUCUAGAAUGACUCCCAAGACACACAUGCCGUGUGCUUUCCUCCUGCCCACACACACCACGUCAUGUAAAGCACCAGUCUGUGCUCAGAAGGAUGGACAGCCAGUGGCCUACUGGACCUGGGCGGGAAAGAAAGGUCAGGCGUUGUCUUUGUGUUGCUGUAGCCAAAGGAUCCAUUGAGUGGGUUUCAUGACAGCCAUCUGCCUGUACAGGGGGAGACUGCUGCUGGUGGGAGGGGAAUCAUCAAUGGAUGGGAGGGGGAGGGCAGGCUUGGGAAAUGGUGACAGGAGACUCCUGUCACAGAGGGGUUUGAAUAGAUUUUUAAUUUUCAUAAUGUGAAUCUUCAACCUUUACAUUAAAACUUAAAAUAUGCUUCAUUUGCUGAUUUUUGUAAGAGCGCCUUUUAUCUUACUGUCUAUAAUCUAAUCACAUUUACAUUUUAUUGUAUAAGCCCAUCCAUGGCGAGAUCAAAUCUUUGCCAAGUGCUUUCUCUUUUUAUGACCUACACUUUAAAAAUGUUUUAAAAUUUGAGGGGCUGGCACUGUGGUAUAGUAUGUUAAGCCUCUGCCUGUGGUGCUGGCAUCCCACAUGGGUGUCUGUUCAAGCCCUGGCUGCUCCACUUCUGAUCCAGCUCCCUGCUAAUGGCCUGGGAAAGCAGCGGAAGAUGGCCUAAGUGCUUGGGCCCCUGCCACCCACAUGGGAGAUCCAGAUAAAGCUGGCUCCUUGCCUAGCCGUAAGUGCCGAACGACUGGAUGGAAGAUCUGACUCUCUUCCUCUCUUUGUAACUCUUUCCAAUAAAUAAAUAAAUAAAUUUUAAGGAAAACAGAA